AUGUCUGUGAUUUUUGCAUUUAUGUUACUUCAGUGGUUUGAAUCAUUAACUGCAAAAUUAUUGAUGAGUCCCUAUUUAACAGGAUUAAAAAUUAUUGGAGGUAAUUUUUAAUUUUCUCACAACAACUAACAGAUUUCUUUAGAUAAUCCAUCUCAAAUCAAACUCUGGUGGACAUCUGAUAUUUCAAAAAUGAUUCCAAUUGCAUCAAUGUCUUCCGAUGUUUCAUUUUUCAUUGGUGGAUUUUUUCAGUGGCAUUAUAUUUUAAGCCUAGCCAAUGUGUUGUUCAUUUUUGCGGUUGAACGAUCAUUUGCGUGUUGUUUCAUCAGGUAGAUUAUCAAGAGAUGCUUGAGAGCAGAGGAAAAAUUGAUAAACCAAAAAUUAAUGAAUGGCUAGGUUGUAGUGUGAUGGAGUACGGUGGGGCGCACUUGGAAAAUUCUAUUAAAGAUUUUGAUUAGAAAUAUAUUUCAGACAGCUAGGUUUGGGAAAACAGACAAAUUGUUAUGUUAUGAGUAAGAGAGUCUAGACAGUUUGUAAACACCAAUUAGUCCCCCCAGACAUCCACAUAUUUUUUUCAGCGACUACGAGCAAACUCCUCGUAACUAUCUCCUCGUCCUAAUCCUCUUCUUCUACCACAGUUUUGUUCUUCUCAUGACUUACACCUUCUUCUACGCCACUUUUCAUUUCGCCAUAGCAUUUUCAUUUUGUAUGUUUCCCAAUGUUUUUGCCAGUAUUGUAAGUCUCCAAUUUUCCCCUAAAAAUAUUCGAUUCAAAUUCAGAUGUUCCUCUACACGGAGAACUACAACAAAAAGAUAAUCGAUCGUUUUGAGACCUCACCCACACAAUAUACAUUGGCCUCAAGAUUUCAGGCACGGGAAAAUUAUAAAGCUCAAAAGUUAGUGACGCGAGUGAUUAUUUGUGCAAUUGCUAUGAUGACACUUGGUCUUUGUUUGGUAUUGAUUUUGACUUUAGAAGUUGUGCCAGUGAUGGAUACGUUUAUCAAUUAUUUGGUAGAUAAUAUUGUGCAUUUGUGAGUUAGGGGAAAUUGGGAUCUUCAGUCUUCUGUGAGAUAUUUCAUCAUGUCUGCGCCUCUAGCAAGCUGUUUUUCUAAUUCACCAACUCUUUUACCUCCUCUCUGUCCGGAAAAAAUACGUUUCAAAAAAUGUUAUUUUUCAAAUUCUCAGCGAGGCUCUGAUUCUACAAUUACAUAUAUGUCCAUAAUAAAUAAAAUUUUCAGAAAUCCUCUAAUCGUCUGUCCAAUUUUCAUCUGGUCUGUUCCCUCUUGGAAACUUUUCAUCCGAAAACAUCUUCCAAUAUUGUUCAAUCGUAUGAAUCGCCGUGUAAAUGUGAGAACUCCGCCGAGCACAAAUAUCGAUCUGAAAUGGCUACAACUCAAUCAAGAAACUGAUACAUAUUUCAAGCAACUCGAGUCAGCUUGGCAUUAA